AUGGAUGAGAACCUCCGGCCCACUGCGGAUGCUUUGCAGCUGAACUCGAAGCAGGUCAUGCUCCUGAUUGCGGCACUCUGCGAGCUGUCGAAGAAUCGAGCGCACUGGUCCCGCAAGCCAGACGAGACCUGGGGAAAGUUCCUCCAGGCCCUCCAUGAGAUCCUCACAGAGUCGAAAUCACGGCCGAUGUUGCCCGCCGAGGCGUGGUACGAAGUUUCCCGAUGGUACAGCUCACUAUCGGGCUCGCGGCUGAUGCAGCUGCUGCGAGCCGCGAUGGUGUUCCACGGCUGUCCCAAGCCCAAGGAGGCUUUGCAGUUGGCCAACCUUUUGUGGCCAAAGGUUCCUGGAGCUGUGAGAGGCAUCGGAACCAAGGCAGACAGAGUUCUGAGUGCAUAG